AGCCAUCAGCAGCCAUCAGCCGGCGCGCGUGCUUGGCUUGCAGCACCGCCUCAUCUUUCCGAUCGCGUGACGACACCCAUCAUGCGGCUCCUCGUGCCUGGACCCAUGUCUCCUCCACGUCAACCACCAUCACAUUCUUGAUUACGGACCCCAGUCGCAAAGCACAUCUGUGGAGAGCUCGAGGUGCUGCACAUCGCGCGAGCGUGACUAGCCUUGCACUCGGCAGGUAAAGGCGCAUAGGCUCGUACGGAACGAUACAUCAACACUGUUCAGCAAGCAGCCUAUCGAGAUCGAACGGGAACGCGCACGUCACAAGCCAUCUGUGGUUCAGGCAGCAAGCAUGUCGUCGGAGGGGAAGGUGGAGCCAUUGGAAGGCGAUUCAGUAUCCAGAGCACAUGGAGGCGCAUCAAGUAGCGCCGCUUCUCCACCUCUCUCUCCCUCUUCGCGCACGGCAACCAUCACGCACCCGCUAGCCCGAGCACCUUCACCCACAGCGCCCACUGCCGCAGCCGCUUCAUCCCUGGCGGCCUCUUCCAAGCGGCCACUCCACUCCAUCGACCUUUCCCACCUUCUCUCCUCGCCCGCAGCAUCGGGCAGCACCACCCCGCGCAGCUCAAACGGCGUUCUUGCCCCGCGAGACGCUGUGCCACAGAGCUCUGCUCGCGCACCUCAUCAGGGCGGAGUGGCACAACAGAGAGCCGCCGAUGGCUCGACGCUAGACGCCGGCAACUCCGCUACUAGCGACUUGCCUUCCAGAACCGCAUCGAUUGGAGGUCCAUCGAGAUCUGACGCGCUGAAUAGACCACACAAUGACACUAGCUCAGCAUCUCCCACGAGAGCUGUGCCAGCGCAGAGUCACACUGGAGCAGCAGCGCCACCUCAGAGCAGCGCAAACGAAGCGAUGAUGGUCCGGCGGAAUAUGCUGAGAGCUUCUUUGAGUACGUAUGUCCAGCUCGGAAAGGGAAAGAGGAUUUUGCUGGUCCUGCAAUUCUUGCUUUCGCUUUGUCAGGUCAUACUCGGCAUAGUCGUAGCAUGCUUGCCCGACUCCCUUGGGGAUUCGUUGAGAGCGCCGGGGUCAUUGUGCGAUCCAGAGUCGAUGUACGUAUUCUUGCUGCUGCACACGUUCAGGGUGCUGUUCUGCAUUCCAAUCGAUCUCUACCUCGGACUUUCGCCACACCGGACCCCAGCAGCGCGGCGCAACCGAUCUGCAGAAGCUCGCGCUCAAAGAGAGGCAAACAGGACAUUUGGCAAUUUGGCCUUGGAUGCCAAAGCGAGCAGAUUGUCAGACCUGUUGGGGUUGUCGCACAUUGGGAUCUGGUUAUAUGGUAAUUAUGCGGUCUGGACGAGCUUGGAAUGCUCUCAUAGGCCGGCAGACAGCGUGGUGCUCUGGUGGUCCAGCCUCACUUUUCUGAGCAUCACUUACAUCAUCAUCCUUGAAGUCGCUUUGCUCAUCUCUCUGGUCGUGUUCUUCUUGCCGAUUGUGCUGGCAAUCUUACGAGCGUUCGGUCUGGCGGAUAGGUUCCCGAGAGCAGGCAUCCACCCAACGACAUCCAAGAUAGAUCAAGCUGUGAUAGAAAAGUCUUCGACGUUGGUCUACUUUGUUCCUGCCGAGGAAGAGGCACGUGCAAGUGAACAAGGACCGGUGGCAGACGCAGCGUCCAUAGGCCCUCGCGCCAAACUUGAUCAAAGUGACAGCCCUACCAAAGUAGAAGCUCCGUCAGUUGACGAUGCACUGCGUACCUCGCAGCAUCGCUCCGGCGGUCUAGCGAGAUUGUUCACCCGCAGAAAGAGUGGGCGGGUUUCAUCCAACGCGGCUGUGGUCACGACGAGCACCGAAGAGCAAAUGCAGCCCGCGCAGAGCGAUGCGCAAGCCUCACAUGGUGGGGAACAGAAGUGGAGAUACCCUCUUCAUCCGAUACCUGCUCAUCGCGCGACGUGCCCAAUCUGUCUAGUAGACUUUGUGACGCCGGAACAAUUUUCCAGCGAAGCGAGAGCUGCAGCUUCGGAUCUGAGCAAACCUGUCACCACGCCUGCCAGAACAAAAGUCAAAGGAGAUGCUAGCAGAAAGCGACGGAGCGCAUGGAAUUGGCGAAGCAGCUCUCGGCCGCUCGAAAGUACGGAAGCUCCAGCAGGAGGCGAAUCUACGUAUGGCGAGGACGUCGAGGCGUCUGCUGCUGCGGGUCGUUCUGCGCACGCUGAGGCUCCGCCUUCAGCAGAUGCGUCGUCCCAAGCAGAGGCGGAAGUGCUCCGACUCAUGCCUUGCGGACACGCUCUCCACCGGGCGUGCGUGGACGAGUGGCUGUCCAGCGUCAGUGGGAGGUGUCCGGUCUGUCAGAAACCCUUGGUAGAGGAACGUGAAGAGACGGAUGCAUCUCGCGCUCCUCCUGGCACGAACGGGAAUGCCGAGAAUGUCCUGCAAGAUGUCGUUGCUGCAGCUGCGAGACCGGAUCAGCCGACCGGGGCAACUGGACCUGCUAAUUCUCCAAACGCACAGCAUCGACCUGCCCCAGUUUUAGCGGGCUAG